AUGAAUGGGUUCCACUUGGGCGAUGUUCUGGCCAUCGCCAGUGUCCAUCCUUUUUAUUCCGCUACUCCGUAUCCACCGAGAAGUGAAGAUCUGCCUAUUCUGCUGGCGAAGCACCGCGAGUCAGCAACAGACUUCAAGCUAUCAUCAUUUCCAUUGACAUGGAAAGAAGCACUCUACAAAGAGAUCGUCAGACUGACCACUGAUCGAGACACUCGGAAUGGCUAUCGACAGGCAACUUACAUCAGUACGACUGGUGGGGGUUCUGGCAAAGGUUCUCCGAUGGUUUUUGCAACGGAUUCGCAGGAGACCCGUCAACAACGAGCAGCCAUUGGGGCUCUCUUGCGGUCUUGUAGGAUCACAGAGCCAGGAGAUUGGAUCAUGACAAUGCACGUUUCAGGGCAUCUUUACAGGGCGUUGGAUCUCAUGGCUGAGGUGUUAGAGGGGUCUGGCGCCACAGUUCUGUGUGCUGGUAGCCAAAUGGAACAGGACCAGAUGGUUGAGACCCUCAUUGAAUACCGAGUGAAUGCCAUUGCCGGAGAUGCAGGUCAAAUCAUGCAACUAUCACGAUACAUCUCUACCCUCUCGGAGGACAAGAGAAGACAACUGCUGAUCAACAAAGUACUAUAUACUUCGGAGCCGAUGACCCCAGCCCAGCAUAGCUUUUUAAGUUCUGUCUUUCCCGAUGUAGCUGUCUCUUCAGUGAUUGGUAGUGCUGAGGCUGGGCCUUGGGCCGUUUCGCCAGCCAAACUGACAGAGGCAACAAAGGCGGAGCACUAUGCCGACUUUGUGUAUGACCAGCGUCUGAUGCAUCUUGAAGUAUUCCCUUCCGCUAUUGAAGACAAUCAAGACCCAUGCAUUGUCGAUGCUCAGCCUCUUCCCGAUGGCGAAAAAGGGCUGCUUGUGCAAACCUCGCUGCAAAGAAUGCGACAUCCUCUCAUCCGCUAUGUCUGUGGUGAUGUUUGCUCGCUCCACCCCUUGCCAGAAUCGAUCAAAGCCGAAAUCUCACCAGAGGAUGCGUCUCACUACAAAAUCGCGCGGAUAUAUGGACGCGAUCGAAGAAUCAGUUUUGAUUGGUACGGGGAGUAUUUUGAAUUCCCAAUUGUCCAAGAGGCGAUGCGAAUUGAGUCAUGGGGGAUCUUACAGUAUCAAAUCAUCCGGAGGUAUGAUGAAGGGGAUAAGAACAAUCUCGGCAUUGUUCUUGAGCUGCGUGUGCUGCGGCACAAUGAACCAGGUACGAUUAGUGAAGAAGAAUUGACACGGGAGUUACGAAAACUCUUCUGGGUCUUUGAGAACAACGAAGAACUGUUCGAUUUGCGUUAUCUCUUUGACUAUGCAGGAUUCGUCAGAAGCACUACGGGACGGAAGGUGAUCAAUUUCAUCGACCAAACACAAGUCUAG